UUCAACGUUCGAUAGGGAUACAUUGAUUGUACAUUGCCGUAUCUGUGAACUGCACAUGUUUUUUUGUUGUGUUCGAGUUCUUCCAAACCCACGUACUGUACAGAAAGUUGUUAUGGAUCACUACGUCGACUUCCAUGAUCGAAGCCGUAAUCGGUGGACAUCCAUCUGCCCCGGUUUCCCGGAAUCGCUGGAAACGAAACUUGAACUACGGUGCUGCCAGGCCUUCCUCAUGCAGUCCCAUCAAUCUGUCUUGUCCCCGUAUGGCCGACGUCCCGGAAUGCCCCACUCCGACCCCGCCCACCGCCUGCCUGGCUCCGCCCGCCUGUAAGGAUGUCAGCUGCACAGCGUGUACACCGUGCAGAAACUGUACCUGUACGGCGUGCACGAAGUGUCCCGAUUGUAAAUGCGACAUCGCCAUCGACAUUCUGGAGACCCUGCUCCUGCAGUACACGUACGCAGAAGAUUCGUGGAUUUUUGAAGUUAUUAUUAAAAUACUGCUGGGCGGGAUAAAAUUUCCUGGCCGGAAAAAGCGGAGCGCUGAGGAUAUUUUUUCAAUCAGCAACUUUUCCAGCCCGAUAACUCGUCACGAUAGGAAACAGGCAGGAACAUCACACAAAGACAGAAUCCAGCCAUAUUACAUGGAGCCGGUCUCCAGUAGGAACUCCUGCGCUGGAGAUUACUUGGUAUCUGAUGGAGUUACUUACUGCAUUAUCGCGGCUACUUCGGCUGCCGGAGCUAAUACAGAGGCUGCCUUAAAAAACCCCGUUUUAAUGAUAAGCUCGCUUGACAAACCAUUUGGACAACUAGUGUACGGACGGGCAUAUUGAUAUAAAACAGUUAACUCGCGAGGCCUUUUAAGUAUUGGAUAAUAUACAGUACUCUUACUAAUUUUGUACUCGUGCGUAUGCUUCAUUUUUCCAUGCCUUCUGGUGGCCACCAUGGUGGAGUCGUGCGGCUGUUAUUCAUUUGCUUGGACAUGAAAUCAAUGUCCAUUGUGUAAAGCGUCUGUACCGUGCUUUAUAUUUAUUGUUUUUCUGUUUUUAUGGUCAUUCAGAGCGCGGCGUUCUACGGUACAUAACUGUAACAAUAAAUAACACCAGGCU